UUAAUUUCAGAGUACUUCCAAAUAUGGGUAAAUUAAUAGUCGCAAUCAACAUCCUGGUAUUUACCUACAUGUCGCUAAAACUUGGCAUGCAACAAAUGAGGCAAAAGAACGUAUUUGUGUGGCUCGUUGAAAAUAAUGUGGAGCAUCUAUUGCCCAUACUACAAGAACAUAGCAUUCAGACAUUGGAGGAACUGGCUGCUUUGGAGAUGAUGGAUCUGAACUAUGAGACCCUAAAAGAUGUUAACAAGGAGACUCGUUAUCAAAUUCUCAAAGUCAGAUUAAAAGCGAGAAAUGAGAUUGCAUUUAAUAUGUGGCUCCUAGAGAAACGUUUAACACCAUUUCAACAGAUAGCUCGAAUAAUAAAAAAAUCUGUGUAUGAAUUCGCUGAUAUGUCUUCAAGGGAAAUCAAUGACGUCAUCAGUGAGUAUGUGGACUUAGCACAUCAAUCGACUUUGAGGGAGAUGGUUGGUGACUUCAAAUACGCUGUAGAAGCAUUCAAGGACAACCAUAUGGAGGUGGUGUACAAAAAGGAACAGUAUACAAAAGUGAUAAAACAGAAAGCUGGAAAGAGCUACCUUUGGAAACUUGGUGAAUAUCUAAAUGAUCACCCGAUACAGAUAGUAUUCACUAUGAUCCUUGUAUGUUUGAACAAUCUAGCAAUUAAGUGGGCUGUCCCAACGAAAAUACCAGCUAACACUCAUAUAGGUUUGAGCAUAGCUCUUUUCUAUUUCAUGCCACAGAUGGGGAGAAUCAAUCUCACGCUUGUAAUAUUAUUCCGUAGUUUUGUUGAUCCACUUGGAGCUCUGAUCACUGGUAUCGUUCUCGAGAUGUGGAUCACGAUGAUCACCAUAUAUGUUGCUAACACCGGGAACCUUAUUCCUAUAUCAUUGGUACCAACAGUGCUGUUUUUCCUCUGUGCGUGGGCCUUAAAGCUACAACCACUCUACUGGUGUAACAAGAAAUCUGACUCCGAGGUACUCGUUCUUUCUGGCAUGGGCUGUGUUGACUCACAUGUGAAGACAUACUUAACCAAUGGGCGAAUCAAUCUACUUACUCGACUUAUUGUUGGAAUCAAAUCAGAUGAGAAAAUAAAAGUGGAAAAUGUUCAUAUUUUGAAAAUUGAAGAUGUCGACAUGACAACAGCAAUUGUUAAAGAUGUUGUACUGCCAUCUAUUGAGAAAGGGAACCUUCGGGAGUUGUGGAUCUUGAAUAAUCAUGGCUUUACAAAUGAAACAGCCAAAAUGCUAGCUGGUCUUAUGGAGAUGCAUCCCUCCCUGGAAAGCAUCCAUAUCAUGUUCAACAGACCACGGAACAUCUUUGAAAUAAUAAUAAAUAUGCUCACCAGAGACAAUGCACCCAUAAAAUUCAACAGUGAUGGUGCAAAAUCAAUUCUUGAUGCUGUUUACACAAACAAAAAUAAGAACAUUAAAGCUGAUGAAGGUGAACGAAAUGUGAAAGUUCUGGACUUAAGAGGUGUUGAAUUAGAUGAGGAAUUCCGUGACUUUGCCCAUAAAAUUAGUCAGAACAUGGACAUUAAGGUGAUGGGUAGCAAAAAUCCAUCUGACAUUUAUAUCAACUCCUUAUGGUACAGAGUGGUACAUAAUCCUGUAUUUAAGUACUCAAUUCAGUUUGCAAUCCUGGCAUUUUUCCUCUAUCGUCUUUCACACCAAAUGACUUUCUAUAACUUUAAUUAAUAUUUAAUAUGUUAUUCAACAGUUUUCUCUGAUGUAUGUAUGUAUGUAUUAUUUAUUUGCGUCUAAAAAUUGGACAGUUACAUAUUAUACAAUGAAAUAAAGAAAGUAAAUUAAACAUCAUUUCAAUAUAAUUAAAUUUAAAUUCUCAUCAUUUCAAUUUCUAGCUGGGAGCAAACUCUAGUAAUACAAAUGUUACAAUCGAAUAUAAAUAAAAUCAUGAACAUGUAAUUUAUACACCUGUAUAGAUUAAAUAAAAUAAAAUAAAUAUUUGAUAUUGAUUUAAUCUACAUGUAUUAUUAAGGUGAACAUUAGUAACAUUAAUUACAAGGUAUUAAAUGCAAAAUGUCAUCACCUACCAUUUGUUACAGACACCAAACUGCUGAACACCAACAACCAAACACCAUCCACAAAAAAGGUUUGAGACAAUUAUAAUAUGUCAAUCAUAAACACUCUUGGACAUCAGAGAAAAUUGUUGACAAAGUACAAUGAAUAUGAAUGAUAAAAUGUUGGAGCAAGUUAACUUUAUUUCAGAUUUUCUUAACAUUAACAAAACAAUUAAAGAUUUCUCCAUUCAAUUUUAAGAGGACUAAGAAAAGCAUAAUAUGAUUUGGAGAAAUUCCUUUAUAGAGACUAUUACCCUGACCUUUUUUACUAACAUUGCUUACAUUUCAUUUCAUUAGCACUAGAAAAAGAAUGAUUACAAUAUAACCCCCAAAGGGUGCUAUAAAAAGGGGACAAUUAUAUAUGAGUAUCAUUCUUCAAAGUGAUCACUCAAAAUGGAAAAUAAUGAUUACAAUACAGGGUGUUCCAAAAGUAACAGGACUGGUGCUGGUAUUUUGCUAAAUAUCCACCAAUUAUCUUCAAACUUUUACAUUAGCAUUUCAUUCUCCAUAGAGCACCAGUCCUGUUACUUUUGGAACAUUCUGUAUAGCCCCCGAAGGGUGCUAUAAAAAGGGGACAAUUAUAUAUCAUUCAACAAAGUAGUCACUCAAAAUGAGACUGUCUACAUAUAAUAUCUAAAAAGAAGACAAAGUAAAAUGUUAGAAGCAAUCAUUUCAAUAAAUAUGCCAAACAUCCUAAAGAUCUCAGCAUUCAUCAGUAUGAUACCCAUUUUAGAUUUUGUGGCAAAGAAAGGCCAAAAUUAAAUGAUGUAAGCACAAUGUGUAGCGAGGACCUAAAAUAAGUAUUCUGAAAAAUAUGAUUCACCUGAAGAAAAAUAGGAGUGGAAAAGGUAACAGAAAUCAUAAAAGAAAUGUGAUGAACGAAAGUGAUGAAAUUGUAGUUUAAUCUUAAAUUCAGCAGGAAAAUAUCAAGGACUAUCAGGCCUUUACCUAACAAUUUACCAAAAUAGCAACUUGGCCAAUUGUCAGGUUAUUGUGUGCCUCUCUAACAGACUUGAUCACCAGUCCUGUCAUGAAAGGAAGGUAGAUCUAAUGAAAUCCUGACUUACAUGUAGGCUAAAGAAAUUAGAACAUGUAAAACUGGUGCAAUUUGAAAGUUUAGUCCAAUUAAUAAUGCACCAUAAACUUCAGAGUACAUAGGUGCAUUCUUGGCCAUAGGGCAUUCUCGUCAAACCCUCAGCAUCAGGUGAAAAUCGGAGACAUUAUCAUAUUAGACUUUUUACUAUAUCACGAUGUGUCUAAUUUGAAGUUUCAAUAAAGAAAUCAUGCAAACAAAAAAUUAUUUAAGAUUGUCCAACAAUGCCCCAUGUCAGAGAAUGCCCCUAUGUACUCUAAAUGCUCCAAGGCCUACACGUACAGGUAUGAUAUAGAAACUGUACAUUUACAUCGCAAUUCGGAAUAACAAGAUCCAGAUUCUAGAGUCCAUUUCACUGCUUCAUUUCGUCAGUAGAACGGCAAAAGUAAGAAAUUGGGAGACCAUUGUGCAAUAAUAUAUGGAAAAGUAUAUUCAUAAUGUACAUGAAUGACAUUUGUAUAUCUUGGAUUGCUUCUAGUUUGGCUUAUAAAGUGUGUGGCCUCUUAUACAGUUAUAUUUGGAUGUUUCUCUGCCAUGUUAUUUUCAAUAAAAUUAACAUGGCUGAAAUUCUUCAAAUUACAAGACGGCACAGGCUUAUUGCACAAAAAACUAAAAAAUCUGAAAUAUACAAAUGUCAUUCAUGUACAUUAUGAAUACUUACUCGAGUCUCUAGCUUACAGCUAGACGAAACUUCAUUGAUUUCGUAUGUACUGUGCUACACGCACCUACACGCACCUAGAACUCAUUUUUAAUAAAUUUUAUAAAUAUUUUUAAGAAUAUUAAUCAUAUUUAGGAUGAAGCGUUGCUUGUCUGGAUUUAGAUAUUUCAAAAUUUCAUUUCGGAGUUUGACACAUGGUGAAAUUUUCUCGCUGUAGCUAAAAAUGGCUUCCG